CUGGAAAGAAAGCAAGCACGAUGGAGGCCGACGGACGAUCCGCGGUCUUUGCGGUCAAGGACGCGCCCUUCGAGCACGAUGGCUUCCGCCGGUCGGACGCGUCGUCGCAUGAGAACCCGCAUGUGGACGGCUACGUGCCUGCCAAGAUCCGCGGGCUCCAUGAGGCUAAUGACUUGACCAAGCCGUUCAGCGGACCGCCCGACCAAGCGACGGUCGACGGCACGACCGUCGAGAGCAUCGAAGUGAACGCGAGCGUUGGUAUGAUGCGUGGCUUGACGCCGUCGCCGCCGCCGAUGGAUGGCCGGACCGACAUGACGACGAACUCUGGCGACGACGCGCGGCUAGCAACGCCCGACGAACGUCCAACGACAGAGGCCCACCACAUGUCGAUGCGCAGCGACGCCAAAGUCUCGCAGCCGUCGUCGAACCUCCUUGGCCGCAAAGUGCGCAAAUUUUUCGAAGGGUUUGGCUGGUACCAGGGCUCGGUCGUCCGCCAUUGGCACUCGGAAGAGUACGGUGACCAGUAUCACGUUGCCUACUCGGACGGCGACGCCGAGGACCUGCCGCGGGACACCCUCAUGAAGUGGCUCCUCCCCGUCACGCCGCAGCUUAGCUCCAAGCAGACGGCAAGCAUGGAACAGCAAAAGCAGCCGCAACAACAACAACAACAGCAACUGCAGCCGCAACAACAUCAGCAACAUCAGCAACAGCAGCACCUACAGCAACUACAGCAGCAAGAGCCGCCGCCGCGCGUGCCCACACCGCCCCAUAUCCACGACCGCCAGUCGCCGUCGCCGCACCAUGGCAUGCUGCAGCCGCUGCCGACACAGCCGCGCCCGCAGCAGUACCGCCCCCGCCAAGACGAAAUGGUCGACGACGCCCGGGCCAAGUUUGCGCGCCUUGACCAGCCACAGUACAGCCCGCACCACCGGUCGCCAUCGCCCUACGCGCACCAGACGCCGCCGGGGGAUCGCCCGCAACUCCAGAAGAUCCCGAGCCUCUCGGUGCUGCCGCUGCGGCCCAAUGUCGACGGAAAUGCGUGGCGUGCGGCGGCCAACGCGUCAGCCUACCAGCUCUCGGAGGGCGACGUGCCCGAGGACGACGCCAUGUACCGGCGCAACAGCGGCGGCCCGUCGUCGUCGUUCAUGGCGCCGCCGUCGCUGCCACCGGUCGCCCAGCGCACAUCGUUUCUGACGCCGCCGCCGUCGUCGUCGCGCCAAGGGUACGGGUACCAGGAGCCGCCGCGGGCGUAUGCGUCGCUCGCGCCAUCGUCGACACCCACGUACAUCAAGAGCGAAGCGCCUCGCACCAUGAGCAGCGAGACCCACGUCAUCAAGCCCGUCCCGAUCGCAGCGCUUGCGACCGACCGGUCGGCGAUCGGGCGGCUCAAUUACCAUUUUCUCAAGGCCAUCAAGGACACGACCGAGGACUACAAGUUUGGCGAAGCGUUUACAUGUGUCCUUCGCGACGAGCCGGGCUAUGCCAACGGUAUGGACAUUACGCGGCUGAUGCAGUUUUGCCACAUGCGGCGGUACCCGCGCAUUAGCCUCUUUAUCAACGACGUGCUCAAGAUGCGCAACACGGUGUCGUCGACGUACCCGCAGGACUUCGCGUUUCGGCAACAAGCAGGCGAGUACAUUGACGUGCUCACGCGCAAGGUGCAGGAGCUCUCGCCAGUGCUCCGGCAGAUCGAAGCCAUCAUCGUCUCGGACGAAGAGAAGGCCAUGGAGUCGUACCGCCCUCCCUUUGGCCAGCACACGUAGCUGGGAUGCCAUGUUGAUAAUACGAUGAUGAUGUAUCGUCGUGGUUGGUGGCCAGACAAAAUAAAGUAUCAAGUUCCACAAGUAUCAAGUUGACGCGCUA